UCCGGACUGGAAGGGGGUGAAAGUGUCCGGAAUGGAAGGGGGGGAAAGUGUCCAGACUGGAAGGAGGGGAAAGUGUCCGGACUGGAAGAGGGUGAAAGUGUCCGGACUGGAAGGGGGAAAGUGUCCGGACUGGAAGGGGGGAAAGUGUCCGGACUGGAAGGGGGGGAAAGUGUCCGGACUGGAAGGGGGGAAAGUGUCCGGACUGGAAGGGGGGGAAAAGUGUCCGGACUGGAAGGGGGGAAAGUGUCCGGACUGGAAGGGGGGGAAAGUGUCUGGACUGGAAGGGGGGGAAAGCGUCCGGACUGGAAGGGGGGGAAAGUGUCCGGACUGGAAGGGGGGAAAGUGUCCGGACUGGAAGGGGGGGAAAGUGUCUGGACUGGAAGGGGGGGAAAGUGUCCGGAAUGGAAGGGGGUGAAAG